AGACUCUUGGACAGCACAGAAUAACGUUCUCCUCGACUUGAUUCUACAUCGGAGCGGAAUUAUUGUGACAUACUGUCUUUUGCUUUUAUAAAGAGGCGCCUUUAGAUCAGAAGCAUUCUCUGUUAACAUCUCUCCUUGACUUCUGCUUAUCCUCCCCAUUGUUAAUCGUAGGUAACCAGCGGUACUUAAGCACCUGCAUAAGAUAGUUGGGCUCUACAGCUGACUUGCGAUCUGCUCGAGAUCAUACUGUUCAAACACGUCACAUAUCUAACUGACAGUGUCUAAAGACUCCUCCCCAGCCUAUAUCCACAUGCACCAUCCGCGCCUGGCGGACUUCUUCAAGAACUUCACACACCCUCACACCUCGCUUUACACCAAUAUCGCUCUCCGGUCCUCACAAAACCACCCAUACGCCGCGUCGGGCGUAAUAUAUGGCUCAACGGCCUCGGGCCCCACGGCCGUGCCAUCCUUUUUGCCUAUCGAGGACAUCUAUAUACUACCGCAGAACUAGCCUUUGAACCCGGAGAACCCGGCAGCUCUUCACUUUGAGAUUGUGCCUGGGUUAAUAAUAAGGAUACUGUACACAAUAUAUACAUACUAGGUGUCAUAGAUGACAACCCAGACCUCCUUGGGUCACGUGACCGGAAGGUCACGUGACCCACCCAGUGUACUUAGACUUCUCGGAUCCUAGGAUCUCUUCUGAUCCUUAAUAAGAAUACC